CAAGUGUUGAGUUCGAAUCAUACUACUAUUGAAAGAGGUACUAGAAGACUGCUUAGGAAGUUCUUCCUCAAAUUCUGAGAGGUAUGCGGCAGAGACAGGUUGAGAAAAAUUAAUUUCCAAAUUUUCUGGCUUAGGAAUAUCGAUAUAACCAUCUUUAGCAUAAUGUAUAGAUUCUGGUAAGAUAACAUGACCUUCAUGGAUGAUUUCCGGGACAACUACUUCACCAUUGUUGACGGAUACAGGAAUAGAUAACCGAUUAUUUGUACGAUAGAUUAUUUUAAAAGGAAUUUCGAUACCUAGUUUACGGACAGAAAAUAUGUGAGAUUCAUAGUCAAUGUUUGCACCCAAUUGAUCAAGUUCACCAGUUCCGAGAAGAAUAUCAAAAUCAUCAUGCCAGUCUGCAAUUCUGACUAUAAGAGGUGUAUGAAUACCUAUUUCAUUUAGUACAGGGUAAUAUAAAUUUCGAGUAUACGUUUUCGGAGUUUUCAUGGAGAUAAGAGUGAAGGGCUCAUAGAAUUCAUGUUCAGGGUCAUACAUUUUAGCAGCUCUUGGGGUAAUAACUGUAUCUGAUCCACCGGAGUCGAUCAAAAUUUUCAAAUUGGAAUGGGGUAGGUAGAAAUAGGGUAGCUUGGUGUGUUUUGAAAAGUUAUUUAAUUGGAUGGUUCGAUAUCGGGCGGUUCCUGAAUGGAAGGCCCUUGAAAAUUUUCGGAAUACGUAGGCUUGUUGGUCUUUAUAUGUGUCAUAAUAUUCGUGAUUACAACAUUCGUCAGAAUAUGUGACGGAAUUUGGGUCACACUCUACAUUAUGAUGAAAAGUACGACUAUUAUGAGUGGAGGUGGACAUCGGAGUUGGUUUCCGAGUAGUAGUCUGCGUUACUGACAUAGGACUGGGCUUGUAUUGAUUAUUCGGUACAUUAUUUGGACGAGAAGGACCGAAUACUUCUCUGUUAGUAGGAGGAUUUUGACGUUGAGGUAUGGGCCAAUUUAUAUCACCAAAUGUUCUGUUAGGUGUGAACGAUUGGAAACGGGGCUGUUGAAAAAAAUUUUGGGUACCAUUAGAUGGAUUCUGUUGAAUCGAAGACUGAAAAUUGGGUAAUGCAUUUCGAUUACUCGGUUGAGUGACAGCUACUCAUUGGGGUAGGUAGAGGAUUUCAGAUACGACAUAUAUUGCUGUUGUUGCUUAUGGUUAUCUAAAGAAAUACAUUUCUGAAGAGCUUCGUCUAACGAAGAUAAAUCGUAAUGAGAUAGGUGGUCCCAAUAUGGAUUAUUUAUACCAGUACAGAAGGUUCUAAGUGCUUGAUUUCUAAAGAAUGAAGCUUUAAACUCAACUGCCUGUGGAUUACUUUCAUGAAGUGAAACAUGCUGAAGAAUAUCAUUUAAUGGUAGUGUUACUCGGUGGUGAUAUUCAUGAUACGAUUCGGAUCGUUUUUGGACUGUGGUUGUGAGUUGGGUUAAUAAAAUUUCCUCGGUGCGAUGAUCACCAUAUUUCUGCAAUAAAAGUAGCUUUAUCUCGGCCCACUGAGUUUGAUUGUGAAGAUUUAAAAAAUCACGAGCCUCGCCUUUUACCUUAGACAAUAUAUUAGCAUUUAUGAUGUAGGUUUGGAUAGCAUCCGCACCUUGUUGAGAAAAAAAAUUUACCAAAUUAUCUACAGAGUUGAUAAAAGUAGAUAGAUUUUCACCCACUUUGUAUUCUGGCAAGGUAUUACACAGAUUAUUGAUAUCCGAAUUUGAGAGAACCAUGUUUGAGUUUUCUGUAAUAGUUUCUAAGGAAGAGGUACUUAAUUGUUCGGUAGAAAUAUUUUCGAGAGAGGGAGUAGAAUAUGGCUUAAAUCUAAACUUUUCUUUUGAAAUUCUUCGAGUACUAGGUGAAAUAACAGCUUGUAAAGAAUCCUGUGGAUACUCGGAACUCAUAGGAAAAAUGGAAUUGACUUACAUAAGGAUCAGACGAAUCAGAAGGAUUUUCAUCUCCAGUACGGUCUCCAGUUUCCUCAGGUCCGUGGUAUUUGUAGAUAACUGCCAAGUCGUUGACACGAGCCGAUGAUCCUCAGGGAUGUCGUGCAGCUAUCCUGUUCGCAGCGCCAGAUAAAUUCUCGAAGCCAGGAUUUUACUUUUUAAAAAAUAUUUAUUUGAGUACCGACCGACUAUUACAAGGAUGAGUUAUGAACUGAACUGAUUAACAAAAAAUAAAACCAAGUAAACUAAAAAUGUCUAUGUUGCAUUUCCGGUAAAGGUGAACGCCGUUCAUGUGCCGACGUAUGGUUACCGUAUCCGGUUGGAUACAUAACUCGCGAAAGAAAGUCAUCAUCAACUGAAUUUCUUUCAAAAAUGUUUAGUUUUUUCUUCUAGAUCCAAAAUUUUUUUCUCAUUGUUUGAAGUUUGCGACGCAAAAAUCCCAACAGGACGGGAUCUGUUCGCACGUCGCAACUAAACGUAAGGAUAAGCGCGAAUCAACGCAACUACUGUGCGAGCUUAUAUUGAAAAUUGAAAACAACGCCAUCGGAUCAUACGUGCGUGUUGACCCGAACAAACAUUCGCGCGUUCACGCUUCCAGUGUGAGAGCAGCCUAAGUCAUAUAUUGAUAUUUUUAUGGUGAGUGUUAUUAUCUUUAGUUAAUUAAAUUCAUGUAUAGGUGCUUUGGAUACAUAAGUUGAAAUUUGAGUUGAUGGAAAUUCAAAGAUGUCACCUGUCACAAAAUGUUGAAGAGAAUAGAAAAAAAAACUUAGGUAUUAUUGUGAUAAGUUUCAAACUUGGCGCUUAACGCAAUGGAUAACUGCGGCACAUGCGCUAGGAGGUUAAAACCCAAAUUCCACAAAACGAAUUCGACCUUAUUGUUCAAGAUGGCGGACGUUGUGGAUGAAGUGAUAAUGGACUCUGAUGAAAAUGAGGAAAUUCUUCCUAAAACCACCGAAGAAUUGGCUGAAGCAAAGAAAGAAACUGGCAAUCGUCUGUAUAAAAUAAAGAACUACAGGACUGCUCUUCAGUACUAUAAUGAAGCUGUUGAGCUGUGUCCUGAACAAGCUUCAUAUUAUGGAAACCUCACUGCCUGUCUUAUGAUGCUUGGAAGAUAUGAUGAAGCAUUGAAGAAUGCAAGAAAAAGUGUGCAAUUGGACCCAGACUUCAUCAAAGGCUACAUUAGAAUAGCCAAGUGUGGGAUAGCUCUUGGUGAUCUUGUCACAGCAAAUGCUGCCAUUGAAAAAAUUAAAGAACUUCAACAAAAUGACCAGUCAGUUAUUGCAAGUGAAGUGAGAUCUCUGGAAAAAUUGAAGCAAUUUGAAAAUGAAUAUUUGAAAGCAUAUGAGAAAGGUGAUUUUCGCAAGGUUGUGUAUUGCAUGGACCGUUGCUUAGAUGAAGCACCUACCUGCAAUCGCUAUAAGUUGAUCAAAGCUGAAUGUCUUGCCUUCCUUGGUCGUUUCCAAGAAGCCCAAGAAAUGGCAAACAACAUUCUACGUAUGAAUAAAAGUGAUGCAGAAGCCAUCUAUGUCAGAGGUAUUUGCCUUUAUUUUGAGGAUAACAUUGAUACUGCCCUGCAACAUUUUCAACAAGUACUAAGGUUUGCUCCAGAUCAUGGAAAAGCAAUGUCUUCAUACAAAAAGGCAAAAGCUCUAAAGGUGAAAAAAGAGGAAGGGAAUGAUGCUUACAAAAAUUGCAGAUUCCAAGAGGCUGUAAGGCUUUACACGGAAGCCCUCGAAAUUGAUCCAUUUAACAAGAAAACGAAUGCCAAGUUGUAUUUUAACAGAGCAACCGCCUUGGCUCGUCUUACUAAGACCAAAGAAGCCAUAUCUGACUGCACAGCAGCCUUGAAAUUGGAUGAAGGGUAUUUGAAGGCUUUACUUAGGAGGGCCAAAUGCUAUAUGGAUAUUGGGGAAUAUGAAGAUGCAGUCAGGGACUAUGAGAAGGUGUACAAGUUCGAAAAGAGUAAGGAAAACAAAUGUCUAUUGGAAAAUGCUAAAGCCGCCUUGAAAAGGUCGAAACGCAAAGAUUACUACAAAAUUUUGGGCAUUACGCGAAGUGCAGGAGAUGACGAGAUCAAGAAGGCGUAUAAAAAGCGUGCACUAAUACAUCACCCUGACAGACACGCCAACGCUUCCGAAGAGGAGCGUAAAGAGCAAGAAAAGAAGUUCAAGGAAUUGGGCGAAGCUUACGGAGUGCUUUCGGAUCCGAAGAAAAAAGCUCGAUAUGACAAUGGCCAGGAUAUGGAAGAUUUUGAUGGAGGAGCAGCAGAUAUCGAUCCAAGCCAGGUGUUCCAAACGUUCUUCAAUGGUCAUGGACAAGAGUUCUCAUUCGGGGGCUACCCAGGCACCUUCUCGUUCCAAUUUGGAUAAACUGCCGCCUGAGGGGUCGCCACAUUCCACCGUUUUUAAUUCGUUUACUUGAUCUGUACAUUUUCCCUGCUGUAGUAUUUAUUUUAAGUUAAAUAAAGCUAACUUUUUUUUUAAUUGUGCUAAGUAAUGUUACAAUUUGUAUGUAUGCUCUUGUGGAGCAAGAGUUUCAGUUAACUUGGUAAGGUAAGAGGAGAUUAUAGAGCAGAUUUGGUUGACGUCAGGUUCUAAUUUUUUUCUGGGGUAAAAAUGUAUUGUACAAAGAUGAAGCUAAGCAUGGGCGCCCGCAGGAAUUUUUGUCACGGGAAGGGGGGAUGAUCGGCGAGAGAAUUUUUUGUGAAAGUGUACCUGUAUCAAGGUUUUGAUAAGAGGAGGGUAGCGAAUUUUGUCACGGGGCCAAAUUCAAAAAAUCCUAAAAAUGGUGCACAAUCAUGCUGAAUAUGCAAAUUUCAAGGUCCGAUGGGAUUCUCAGGGGAGACGCCCCCUCCCUCCUAACCAGCUCCCCCCUCCUUUGCUGGCGCACAUGAACCUAUGCAGAAAGUUCAUAGAGAAGCAUAGCAUACUUUUUUACAAUCGUGAAAGUGGUGACAUAUAUUGUCAAUCAGACCUAUAGUUAUAAAAAAUAUUCUGUUUUUGAGAUGGUAAAUUUUUUUAAUCUUCUACACUUUGUUUCUUUUUGUACCCCAAAAUGAUGCUCUAUAUUUUUCUACUGCAUGCCAUAACAGGUUAUCUAAAAAUACAUCUAAGUCAUAGGCUAGUCAGGAGAUGCAGUGAUAUAUCUGAAAUUCAAACGCUUGUCAUAGUUUCUGUCAUUUUGUAUGAUUUUUUUUGUGUUUAAAUUUUUUUCAAUUGCAACUGUUGAAUUCAUGCUUAUUUUGAAGCUAUGGUACUAUGACAAUGCUGAUAGGGCAAUUUUGGUUGGUAUUUGGAGUAAUUGACACUAAAAAUAUGUUUUGAAUAUGCUGGAGAUAUUUUGACGAAAUACGUGAUCUCUUGUUAAUUCAUCACACGUAUGACUUUUGUAUAUAAAAUAUAUGUUGUACCAUAUCAUUGCAUCAUUUGCAAUUAAAGACAGCUCAUACCAUACUGUGUUUAGAACAAUACUUAAUCUAUUCUACAUGAAGAUACCCAAUCUAAAGCUAUAUUCCCACGUCAAAAAAUUAUCCGAGAUGAUAUGAGGAUUUUUCACAGCUGUUUCUCUAUUUGCUAUAUUCAGGGUGAGUUUCUAGUGCGGGCUCGGUCUGUAACUUCAUUUUUACGCAUAGUAUCUAAAAAAGUUAGCUAGAAAAAUUGUAGCCAAUAGUAUGCUCGUAACUUGGAAAAUAUUUUUAUUUCUACAGGGUGAUUCAUAACUAUGUAGUGACCCAAACAUUCAUUUUCUCCCAGAAAAAAAGACAAGCAGCCUUGCGGAAACUUAGAUGAUUUUUCAUUUUAUCUCUGAUAAUUUUUUCGAUGUGGGAAUAUAGCGUCAUGUUGUAUAUCUCUAGGUGGAAUAUAUUGAUCAAUGGCCAGAAUAAUCAUAUACACGAGUCCAAUCCUCCAUCGCUGUUUUGGCCCAGGCAGUAUUAAUAAGCAGUUCAAUACAUAAGUAUCAGUAUGAUCCAUGUAACUGCAAUGUGCAUGUUAAGCAUGAACACAUAACAUCACCCUUGUGUUUCACCUUCAAUCUACAUGUCGUGCCCUAGAAUAAGUUUGUGUUUAAACCCUUCACGAGUAUCCAUUACGUUUUGACGGCAACUGGGGGUGAACAGCUGAUGGGCAAGUGAAUUCUUUGUAAUAGCCUGUAAUGUUGGCAAUAAUGAAUCGGGUGUAAAUGUAGUAAAACUUGCAUAUAGCGUUUUUUUGUAUGCAAAAACACAAUAGAGCUCUGUCUGCCUGGCAUUGACAAAUCCGUCAGAAUUAUGCCUUUUGUCGAUAUGGGAAUUUUGAAAUAUUACUAGACAAUCAGCGGUUAUUUCUACCGUAAUGGAUACUCGUUGACAAUAGUAUUGUAUCACAUGGUUACGUGUUUGACACAAGGGCGGAUUUACAGAGCGCACCCUCUCGCGCUUCCCGCUGUUGAAUUGUCACAAAGGCAUUUGUUCUCAGAAGCGCUACUUGAGCAUGCACUCCCCCCUUCAAUUUCUAAUCGCCCCCUCUCUCUAGAGACAAACAACUUCUCAAAUCAAUGCUGCGCAACCCCCGCCCUUGGUUUGACCUUCCAAGAUCGAGAUAUGUAGAAGGUCAAAAACCUUCAAAUUCGUCGUGACAAAGAACAUACAAUUUUCAGUUCUGUUGGUAUUCAUGGGUGCCUGCACUGGAGGCCCGGGGGCCGUGAACACCACCCCAAGACCACCCCACCCCCCCCCCUGAGAAAUCAAUUGGACUUUGAGAUUUUCAUAUGUAGCAUGAUUUUUUGUACAACUUUGAGGAUUCUUAGGAUUUGGUGUCCCCUGGGAAAAUUUGCUACCCCCUGCUCUUCAAAUAGUUUUGGGGGCAGGCACACUUGCUAAAAGUUAUCUUUUGCUAAUGACAGCCCCCCCUGAGAAAAAUUUCUGCGAGCGCCCAUGUUAGUAUUCGACAAUUUUUGCAUGGAAUAUCACUAUAUAUUUUAGUCAAAAUCACGAAAGAUGACUGUUACGUCAUACCAUAAAUUGUACUGAAGUAAUCAGUGGACGUACGUCGAUGAUUAAAUCACGAGUCAGAAACAUAAUGACAACAAAUUUAUAUUAUGAUUUUUCGAAGUUAGGUUAUUUCACUGAUUAUUUUUAUUUUCAUUUUAUUUCAUGGUUUUGAGUGAUACCUUAAUAAUAAUUUUAGUGGGGAGUUUUUAUUUUGAAAAAACAGUUAUGAGUAGAAUACCUUAAAACAGGAACACCAAAGAUCAAAGUAUUACUCGAAAACAACAUAAACUAACUAUUCAUCUUUCAAAUAUGAUCGAUCAUGCAACAUGAAAACAUCGUCUAUCUUUGUCAGAUACAGUAGACUCUCAACCAUCCGGCCUAAGGUGGCGGGCAGCUAGUCCGGAUAACGAAAAAGCCGAAUUAAUGUCCAAACAUACGCAACUUUAUUAAGCAAAUGUAUUUUAACUCAGAACUUGCAUUUGUACCUAUUAAGGUAUGAGAAAAUGCAUAAUUUGCCACUGUGUUCUCUUCUUCGCUGACAAGUCCCCCACUUAUCGGUUCAAGCUUUUGCUCAAUUGUCCACUUUCUUUCGCUUAUUGCUCAUCAUGACAUAAAUAACUUAUUCAAUUCGCAAACGAAACAACUCGCUUAUUUGUAACGUAUCUAUGCACUAAAUGAAAUACGCAUAUGUACAUAAUUAUGUAUGUACAUACUACAACACGUAAACUCGUUCUAACUCGUAAAAAUUAUGUUUAGCGGCGCCGGGUCCUAGGCGAUCCGGAUAAGCCGAAGUCCGGAUAGCCGCGAGCCGGAUACUUGAGAGUUUACUGUACAUGCAAAUUAGCAAUACAGUUUGUUUAGAGUUUAGACAAUAAAAUUCUAUUUGUCUCUGUCUCACAUCAGAACCUUCAUUAAAUAUGUUCACAAAUCGCUGUCGUAUGUCUUUACCACAGACUAAAAUGAUGACGUAAUCGUCAUCUUUCGUGAUUUCUACACAUCCCAAAACUAUAAUCAAAUUCAAGCGGAUAACCAAAUGAAAAUGGUAUUUACCAUUUUGGGUUGGUAUUUACCGAUCCGUUCAAGCGAGUGUGGUUAUCAGUUUGGUUAUACGAUCCGUGACGUCAUGAAUCAGCUGUUAUAUGUCAUAGUUAUCACCGCAAAAUUGUGAUAUUUACCCAACUCGGGAGUAGUUUUAUAUUUCUGGUUAUUAUUUGAAAUGUGACAAGUUAGAAUUUUGCCGGGUAUUGGAUAUUGUUAUUGUAUUUCAGCUUCAUUUUUGGGAAACUUGAUACAGGCUGACUUCAGUUUUACAAAAGUGGAACAACUUUUUAGUUAUACUCCUUACUGUUGUUGAUGGGGACACUUUAAAUGUAGUUCCUAUGCUUAAAAAAGUAUCCUGUGUAGCCAUAUACCACAAGAAUAUUAAAAUAUGGCCAUAUAAACUCGCUAGAUGAUGUCCACCUGUAUACGGUUUUGAUAAUAUCUUUUUUCAUCAUUUCUGCUGAAACAAUAAAUGUUUUCUUUGACAUGCGGAAAACUUUAGAGAAUUGAAAGUUACCAUAGCUGCAAAGCCAUGGUUCCAUCAUUAAAAAAAAUCUGAAAAAAAGCUACCAUGAAUAUUAUGAAAGGUUUCUUUUUUAAACUUUCCAUACACAGUUGUAGACGAAAAGGCACCGAUUAUUAAGUGAUAAUAAAAGUAAUCAGAGAUUAUAUACGCGCUUUUCUAAAACCGACGCUUUCAAGCGAUUCGUGUAACUGACGUCAUCAACCCGUGUGUCAUCUUGAACCAUAUGAUAACCGCGGCACAUAACACAGAAAUUUUGGUUAUUCGCUUGGAUUUGAUUUAUGUUAACCAAACUGUUUCUUAAAAGUGCACAUUUUUCGGAUAAACCUGUGUAAUACGUUAAUGUAGUAACGGGCAGAAAUAUAUGUAUGGUAUAAAAUUGUCCGCUACUGAAACUGCUAAUAAAUAUUAGUGAUUUUUUACAGUUAUUUUUUCAAACAAGCAAUCUCUAGGUUUACAUUGA